AUGUCGUCGUUUCAGCAUAAAACUGGCCGAAAAGAUCGCCAGCGUUAUCCUCAUUUCGAGGUGCUCUUGGGUGCCUUUUCCCCUCUACCGAAUAAUCAAAAGCACAUUGCGUCAAAACCUAAAAACGCAAUAGAGUUGUGUCAUAAGGGCAGCCAAACAAAGGACCGACCGACAAUGCGCCUUCUCUGUCGACCCACUACGAGACGGAAGAAACGAAAGGUGGCGAAUGCUGACAAGUGGGUGGCAGAAGAAAAGCAAAAGCCAGAGCCGUUGGAACCCCCCGCACCGCCGAUACCGGGAGUGGUGGUGGCAGACAUGUCUCCCACAGCCGACAUUAAACAAAGGUGUUGGGACGUAGACCAAGAGAUUAGGGCUCGACAGGAAGAGUUUGGAUUAGACCUGUACUACAUAUUGGAGGAAUAUGAGAAAUCGGAGUUGCCAAUGGAACCAGACACCGCUCUUGCUUCCUUUCACAAGCAAUGGCUGGCUGUCAAGGAGGAGAUUGAAACUUACACGGAACUGCAACAAAUUCAGCAACAACUAGGCGACAGCAGUGACAAUAAUAACAACAACGCUAAGAGUUCCUCCUCCUCCAAGAAGAAGAAGAAAUGGCGAGGUCGUGGUCGUGGCAAAGUGGGGAGAGAACCGUCUCAUGGUGAUAAUGCCAUUUUCGCGACGUGGUUGCGGCAACGCAAACGACUAUUUGGAGUUCAGUGCUUUGACACCGCCUUUGAAGUGUUGGGUACUUCUGCUGCUGCCUCUACCAGUUUUGGUGAGACUGCAGUUUCCACGUCGUCGCCACAGGAACGAGUUGUCAGUGGGCUGGUGCAAGAAGCCGUCCAAGAUGUGCUUCUCUUGGAACGGCUAAAAGAAUCCUUCGUCAGAGAGGCUGAAGAAAUUGCCACUCAGGAACAAGGAGGCGAAGAUGUCCCUACCUUUUGUGGAAUGGUUUGUUGUUACUAG